GGUGUUGAAACCUGUAAAAGUCUUCACCGCUCUUGCGGCCCUUGAUGGGGCUAAAACCAAAAUUCGGUUUUUACAAUUUGUGGUAAUUUUGAUCAUUGUGGUUUGUUCGGUUAUAACCAGGCAAAUAAUUAGAUCGGUUCAUGACACUGCAGGGUUUGUGAUACAAACAGUUGAGUCGGUUUGUUACAAUAUUCGCAUCCCUGUGACUUUUUGCUGUUUGAUUAUGGCGCGGAAAAAUGCGAACCAGAUUGGCGAUUUUGUAUCAACAGCUCAAAUGAUUGAUAAGAAAUUUAAAAAUAUGGGAUUUGCUGUUGAUUACAGCACAGGAAGGCGACAAACGCAGAUUUUUGCAGGGGUGUUAAUUUUCAAAAUUGUUUUGCAACUGAUGCCGUUUUAUUUUCUAGGUACUUCAUGGAGUUUGGUAGACUUCCUAGAUUUUAUCGUUUACAACCUCCCUGCGUUUGUGGUUUACGUGUGUUCAAUUCAGUGGAUUACACACAUCGCAAUAAUUCGCCUCCAAUUUAAAACCCUCAACAAGAUUCUCAAAAUACUGCGUUAUCAACCACCGUGGUUUGUCGAAACUUAUCGCUUGCGCAAAAAGAAAUCAAUCUCGAGUAAAAUUCUGAUUCGUGAAUGUGGCACAUUUUACGACGCUUUAUGCAUCCAGAGUGGCAAAAUAAACAAUGCAUUUGCCGUUCAAGUCUUACUCAUAAUUUCGAUGUUGCUAAUGUUGAUAAUUUUUGAUUCGUUUCAAACUUGUCGAAUGAUUCAGAAUUUAACGGAAUUUGAUUGUGGAAGUGUUGUUUAUAAUAUUUUGUAUUUUGAAACGUUGAUGGAGCUGGUAUUGCCGUGUGUUUUGAUAGAGUCGGAAGCUGACCGAUUUUCUGAUAAUUUGCACAAAAUCAAUAACAACGAAAUUGAAGAUGUGGUCCAUUUGUUGAUUCUUCAAAGUUGUUAUCAAAGAAUUGAGUUUUCCAUCUGUGGCAUCUUCACACUCAGUGGCAAAUUUAUUUAUUCGAUUUUUGGCGCAAUGACUACCUUUCUUAUCAUGUUGUUACAGUUUGAAUUGUAAUUGCAACAAAAUUAAUAUUUAUUUUUAUUAAAGCGAAAGCGUUAUGGUGCGCUACCGAAUAACCACAAAACAUUUUUUCAAUGACCAACUUUCCAUCCCGACCGGAAGAAAACGAAAGCUACUUUUUAUCCAAUUGUGUAAAAUAUAUAAAGAAUUCUCUCAUAAUUCCAAUCAAAUACGAAACAAAUUUCAAACCAAAAUGAACUACAAAAUCUUUAACGUUUUCGCAGUUUUAUUUACUGUUAUUGUAUCAGUUUUGGGGGCCGUCUAUCCGGUGGAAAAUGUGGCCGAAGCGAGUGAUUAUCGUCUGAAACGCGACCAUGGACAUGGUAUAACCGGCCCAGUGCACACUUAUGUCAAAACAGACAAGCAUGCCAACUUUAAAUGGGGGGUGAAGCACCACGUUGGUCACCACUACGCCGGUCGUCGCUAAAAUUGCACUUUUUGUCCCCGUUUUGUACUUGUAAAUAAAACACACGUUUAAAAUUCGA